CCAGGCAUUGAUCAAUAAUUGAAGCCAUCGUGAGUCCCCCUCUUACAAUGCUCCUCAUAUUUGGUCCAUACUUGAGCCCUUGAUCAGUCGGAGUAGACUCAUCUGUUUUGUAUCUUCCCAACUUUACGUUAGCCACGAUGACCGCCGAAUUCUCCGUCACCAAACUCAACCCGGACAGUCACGUCCUCCUGGACCAACCGCUCCUCCGUCUUCCCCAUGAACUCGUCAAGCGAAACUUCCGGAACACUCAACGCUACGUGGAGCGUGAAAGAGACCAUAUAUUACCCACUCUCAAAGACACCGCCAAUGCAGCCCUCAGUUCUUCACAGUCACCAGAUCAAACCAUAGCCUCCCUCGACGCCAUGAUUCAGCGGAUGCAGAACUUCAAGCGGAAAUUGGAAAAGCUGCAUACAGAGGAAGAAGCCCUGCACGAGGACUCAGCCAAACGUAUCAAGCAUCUACAAGACCUUUAUGAGAUACCGUCCUUGGUGGACGUCAAGUACGACCAGUGGUCACGCACCAGACUCGACCGUCUAAUGGUGGACUAUCUUCUUCGUUCAGGAUACUCGAAAACGGCAUCAACACUCGCCGAAUCCAAACAGAUUUCCCAUCUUAUUGACCUGGACACGUUCGUUUCCUGUCACACAAUUGCGUCAUCACUUUUCCGAGGCCAGGCAAAGGAAGCCCUUGUCUGGGUCAACGAGAACAAGAAUUCGUUGAAGAAGCUCAUCACACCACCCUACAAGACGACGGAUCUCGAGUUUGAGUUACGAUUGCAACAAUUCAUUGAACUCGUGAGGGCGGGCACCACCGCCAAACGAUUCGAAGCGACCAUGCAUGCCCAACAGCAUCUCACACCACAUACUUCCUCGCGGGCCGAAGCCAUAAUGCAAGCAGCUGGACUGCUAGCUCAAACCCCUGAGACAGAAGCAGAACCAUAUCGCAGCUUAUUCGCUCCAUCGAGAUGGCACCAUUUGGCCGAGCUUUUUAUCGAAACUCAUCAUACACUACUGUCCCUGCCCGUGCAACCGCUUCUUCACGUCGCUUUGUCUGCCGGUCUUUCCGCUCUGAAGACUCCGGCAUGUCACAGCGCAUACAACCCAGCCAGCUCAUCAACACCAGGGCACGCCAGAAUAGCGACCAAUACGUCGCUAUGUCCGAUAUGCAGCAUGGAACUCAAUGAUCUUGCCCGUAAUGUACCUUAUGCACAUCACACGACGAGUUCAGUGGAGCAGAAUCCAGUGGUUCUGCCUAAUGGACGCAUCUAUGGCCGUGAGCGGCUUGAAGAGCUGCAACGAAAACUGGUAAUGGGCGGACUGGGAGGUGGGGAUGGAAACAUUCAAGACCUGCAAAUUGGAAAGGAGGGUGAAGUCAGAGAUCCCACUACAGGGGAAAGCUUUACCUGGGAUCAAGUCAGGAAGGUGUACAUUAUGUGAUCACGCCACGUCACGGGCAACCAUGAGGCCUCUCCGGCCAGGUGCUUCGGUAUAGUCUUGCGGCUCUUCCGAGAACGCUGCAUUGGACACGUUGAGAACGCUUUCCGACCGUCGCUUGAUAAUGAGUGUACGCAGUUAUGAAUUGAUGAAGAACAAUUUUGGGCGAGCUGUAAUUCUACGAUCCGGUGUCACCUCUGUAUCUCGUUCAUCAUCAACCUCGACUCUUCCAUAGACGCCUCAUAUAAUCUGUGCACGAGUAUGCUGAUGACAGCUUGUCUGAGAGGCAAAUUAUGACUACCUAAGAUGGUCAGAGACGGCCAUGUUCAUGACACGAC